CCAGUAGCUGCAGGUUCGGGGAUCCCAGAAAUCAAAAGUUACUUGAACGGAGUGAAAAUUCCUGGAAUCGUCCGGCUGCGAACUUUUCUCUGCAAGGCUGCUGGGGUCCUGUUCAGUGUGGCUGGAGGUCUGUUUGUGGGUAAAGAAGGUCCGAUGAUACACAGUGGAGCCAUUGUGGGAGCUGGCCUUCCUCAGUUUCAGAGCAUCACUUUCAAGAGGGUCAAAUUUGAUUUUCCCUACUUCCGUAGUGACAGGGACAAGCGAGACUUUGUGUCAGCGGGCACCGCUGCUGGAGUAGCUGCUGCCUUUGGUGCUCCUAUAGGUGGCAUGCUCUUCAGUCUGGAGGAGGGCUCCUCUUUCUGGAACCAGGCCCUCACUUGGAAAGUGCUCUUCUGUUCCAUGUCAGCCACCUUCACUCUCAACUUUUUCCGCUCGGGUAUCAACUUCAACAAGUGGGGCUCCUUCCAGCUCCCUGGUCUGCUCAACUUUGGAGAGUUCAAGUGUCCUGAUGGAGAUAAGAACUGUCACCUUUGGACAGCAGUGGACCUGGCUUUUUUUGUCCUGAUGGGGGUGGUGGGUGGCCUGCUGGGGGCGCUCUUCAACUGCAUGAACAAGGGCCUGGCCAAGUAUCGCAUAAGACACAUUCACCCCAAGGCCAAGUUUAUCAGAGUUCUAGAGAGUCUGCUGGUUUCCUUGGUGACAACAGUGGUGAUUUUUGCAGCUUCCAUGCUAUUGGGCGAAUGUCGUGACCUGUCCGCCCCCACAACCCAUAACACCACACUGUCCGGCAGUGAGGACAUCAACUCAACCAUCCGCCAGUUCUUCUGUACCAACAAGACCUACAAUGACAUGGCCACGUUGUUCUUCAACCCACAGGAGGCUGCCAUCCAUCAGCUCUUCCACCAGGAUGGUACCUUCAGUCCUCUGACUCUGGCAGUGUUCUUCUUGCUGUACUUCCUGUUGGCCUGUUGGACCUACGGUGUGUCUGUACCCAGCGGCCUCUUUGUCCCCUCACUGCUUUGUGGGGCGGCUUUUGGACGUCUGGUUGCCAACAUCCUCAAAGUGAAACUGGGAAUGGACAUCUACUCUGGGACUUUUGCUCUCAUCGGAUCUGCCGCCUUCCUUGGAGGCGUGGUCAGAAUGACCAUCAGUCUGACUGUCAUCCUCAUUGAAUCCACCAAUGAAAUCACAUAUGGGCUGCCCAUCAUGAUCACUCUAAUGGUUGCCAAGUGGACUGGAGAUUUCUUCAACAAGGGCAUCUAUGACAUCCACAUCCAGCUGAGAGGAGUGCCACUGCUGGAGUGGGAGACUGAGGUUGAGAUGGACAAGCUGACCGCCAGCGAUAUCAUGGAGCCUAACUUGACCUACGUGUACCCCCACACCCGGGUCCAGUCUUUAGUCAGCAUUCUGCGCACCACUGUCUACCACGCCUUCCCCGUGGUCACUGAAAACCGGCAGAACGAACAGGACUUCAUGAAGGGAAACAUUUUGGUCAGCAACAACAUCCGCUUCAAGAAAUCCAGUGUAAUGUCCCGUGCGGGGGAACAGCGGCGGCGGUGCCAGUCCAUGAAGUCAUACCCAUCCAGCGAGCUGAGGAAUGUUUGCGAUGAGCAGAACACUGUGGUAGAGCCUGCAGAAGAGGGAGAGGACCUGCUGCAGCAGAUGUUAGAGAGGAGGUAUGCUCCCUACCCAAACCUGUACCCAGAUCAGUCUCCCAGUGAAGAGUGGACCAUGGAGGAGCGCUUCAGACCACUCACCUUCCACGGCCUCAUCCUCCGCUCCCAGCUGGUCAACCUGCUCAUCAGAGGGGUCUGCUAUGCUGAGAACCAGUCGAGUGCCACUCAGCCCAGGUUGUCCUAUGCAGAGAUGACUGAAGAUUACCCACGUUACCCUGACAUCCAUGACUUGGACCUGGCCCUGCUCAACCCCCGCAUGAUAGUGGAUGUCACACCCUACAUGAACCCAUGUCCCUACACAGUGUCACCCAACACCCGCAUUUCCCAGGUGUUCAACCUGUUCAGGACCAUGGGCCUGCGACACUUACCAGUAACCAAUGCUGUCGGAGAAAUUGUUGGAAUAAUCACAAGACAUAAUUUAACCCACGAGUUCCUUGUGGCAAAACUGCGACAGCACUACAUCACUAUUUGAUGCCACUCUGGACAUCCUGCUGUCCUUUCGGACCCCCAGACUCAGCCUGGUCCCGAGCCUCUUUAUCUGUCUAAUUUUUAUUCGCAUGUAGGCAUUCCCCAACACACACACACACACACACCCACACACACACCCACACACACAGGACAUUCAAAACCAUACACACAUUCUCUACGGUACAGUAGGGAACAGUUCUUCAGUGAAACCAUUCAGUAGACUUGACUGAAAUACAAGAAUGGUCAGCCUGCCUCCAGCCUAGCCUCAGAUCCACUGGCUAUUUGACUUUACCUUUAUGUUGAACUGUAUACAAAAAGUUUGAAGUCACAGCUAACUCCCAAACGAUCCACAUUGAUUGCUGAUAAUUCAACACUUGCUGUGCAUUCAAACUGUGAGCAACAGGACACAACAGCAGGAGGAUCUGAUAGCAUUAAGCUCAAAGCAUUGAUGAUCUCAGAAAUUAUUUAGGUGACUACAGUGUUAUCAUGACUCAGUCAAACUUUUUUCUGUCACGCUCCCCCUUCUGAAGCCAAUAAAAGUUGAAAUUGAUGUAGCUG